AUGGCCAGAUUGUCUGCCUGGCUACUGCUCCCGCUUCUCUGUGGGAGCAGUCUUGCAAAAGAAGGUCAAGUUGUCCCUGCUUUCGUUGAUUCUUCCUCCAGCCAUUCCACUCGUUUUGCUUCCCUUCAUGACACUCCUUUGACCGGCAAUGUUCCUGUUGCCGACGGCGGUUCUUCGUCGUUCACUCCCCAAGUCAAUCCGCUUGUCAAGAGAUCGUCGGCAUCUGCUUCCGAGACAGUACCCUCGGGGACAACAUCUUCUGCAUCUAAGUCAGAGACAACCUCUAUUGUUGGAAGUGUCUCAUUAUCUGAGGCUUCAUCGACCAUUGAGGUUACACUCACUUCUGGCACCCCAUCAGGACUUUCUUCAGAAACAUCUCUAAGCUCUGCCGACGGCGACACACACUCUUCAUCAACUGCAGUGGCAUCACAUGAUGCUUCAACCUCAGUACUAUCCGAUGCCGACACAGCUUCAACAGAUGCAAUUGGCGCCAAGACAGCCACAGCUGCUUCCGACACGACUACUGGCUCUGCCUCGACUUCAUCUCUAGAGUCAAGCGCUGGCUCUGGCUCAACAACUGGCACUGCCACCAGCAACGUCGAUACUACCUCGGCCUCUUCUGUCGAUUCAAGCGCAACUUCAAACACCGCUACUGGACCCACCACGGCGGGCGAGACAUCAGCCUCUGGCAAUGUCGCGUCGUCCUCUGAGUCAAGCGCUGGCUCAGUCACGACUUAUGGCUCUGCCACCAGCGAUGCCUCUACAGCCUUGACCACUUCGCUUGAGUCGAGCGCCACAUCGGAGGCGUCUUCUGGCUCCUUAACAGCAAGCGGGACUUCAGCCUCUGGGGAUGUCACAUCGUCCUCCGAGUCCAGCGCCAUCCUGAACUCCCCUGAGACGAGCGAGACUCUCACAUCGUCUGGAACUCAAACUUCCGAGGCAUCACACUCUUUGACCACCGAAUUUCCUUCUUCUUUCACUUCUUCACAACAAACAUCAGAGAGCGUGGUUUCAACAUCAACUGACUCGCCUCUAGUACUCACAGUUGCUGCUGACGGAAGUGGCGACUACACUGCCAUUAACGAUGCUAUCAAGGCAGCCCAGACAAGUGGUUACCCAACUGUGACUGUUCUUGCUGGCACCUACACCGAAAACGUCGUCAUCCAGGCUACACCCACCGUCACGAUCGUCGGUGAGGUUUCCAACAAGCGCGAUGUUUCCUCUACACCCAAGGUUGUCAUCGACAACGGUGGAAACGCCAAUCCUGCACUGUCCUUCUCAACGGCGAGUGCUGCCGGUAUCACGUGGAAGAACAUCAAGUUCUCCAACACUCAGGCUGGAGGGUCUGGUGGAGCUGUCUUCCUCAGAGGCAGCAAGAAUGCAUUCUACAACUGUCAGUUUUACGCUGCUGGUAUCGCUGCCAUCACUGGAUCCUACGCUUCUGCCAUCGUCGCCAAUUCGUACAUCGAGGCCCCUGACAAGGUCCUCUACAACUACCCUUCGCUCUACCUGUAUGGAACCACCGUCACAGCUACCAACAGCAACGGUCUCAUCGUCUACAACAAGGGCGCUCUCGCUGGAAGCACUCUCUACAACUCGACUGUCGUCUUCGAUACCUGUGAUAUCAGUCAGAAGAGUGGAUCAACCAAUACCCGCGUCUUCCUCGCCGCGGGCAAUGGUGAUGGCUCUGUCGCUGUCUUCCGCGAUACGAGCAUUGGAAGCUUCAUCACUGCGACUGGUGUCUACGUUGAUACCAAGACGCAGUCUAAGCUGAACAGCUACAUCGAGUUCGGUACUACUGGCGACGGAAGCUACUCCAACCAUGUGGCGGACCGCUCCAAGUAUGUGACUCUUGUCACAGACCCCAAGGACCUCUCUCCUUAUGAGAUCUCUGCCUUCUUCAAGGGCGCUUACCCUAGUGUCGCGGUUUCUUCCCUCGACUGGAUUGAUCAAGGUGUUUUGAGUGCUAUUCAGGCCAGCAACGCCAAGGACUUCAAGCAGGAUGUUGAGACCACCACUUCGGCCGCUCCUACGACUUCAGAAUCUUCUUCUACAACCUCCGAAUCUGCAACAACUACACCAGAUUUGAAGAAGACUACUUCCGAGGCGGUGACAAAGGCCGCUGACCCCGUGACCACAACCUCUGAUGUCUUGUCCAAGGCCGCAUCUGCAACAAGCACCACAGAGGAGUCCACUUCCGCCGCACCUACAACGUCCUCAUGCUCGCUGCCUUCAGCUGUUCCCAGCACGGCUCUCGUUGUUGGGCCCAAGAGCAAUCCUUGUGCCUCUUACGACACUGUCGCUUCCGCAGUCGCAGCCCUUCCUGCUGAUGAUACCACCCAAUACAUCUACAUCCUUGCUGGCACAUACCAAGGACAGGUCUCAGUCGUCCGUACUGGCGCUACUGUCUUCCGCGGUGAGACCACUGAUGGUUCUUCGCCCAAGAAUAACAAGGUCACUAUCACUGCCAGAAACGCUGUCUUGUCAAGCAGUGGUGGUUCAUUGGGUACAGCAACAUUCGCUGCCAACAAGUACGAAGCCAAGCUCGUAUCUUUCUACAACAUCAACUUCGAGAACUCCUUUGAUCCUACUACCAACAACAUCGCUCUGGCUGUAUACGCUAAGGGAACAAAGGUGGCUUUCUAUGGCUGCGACAUUGACUCGUCUCAGGGAACUCUGUACCUCGACUACGGCAAUUUCUUCUUCAGUCACUCAAAGAUAUCAGGAACCACUGAUUUCGUGUGGGGACAAGGCGCUGGUUACAUUUACAACUCCGUCAUUGUUUCUCGGGGGUCUACCGCUGGCCAGGCUAUCGCCGCCCACAAGUACCAGGGCCAAUACGGCGGCUCUCGCUUUGUCUUCGAUCUCUGCGCGGUCGUCCCCGAGUCAAGUUCUGUUCCCGAGGGAAGCACAUUCCUUGGACGUGAUUAUAGCACAAACUCCAAUGUCGCUUUUGUUAACUCAUUCCUCGAUGGGCAUAUCGCAGGCGCCGGAUGGAAGAUUGCUUCUCCCAGCACUUUCACCGGUACCUUCACUGAGGGUAACAACACUGGCCCUGGCUGGGACUCUUCUGCUCGUAUUUCUGCUGCAACUAUUGCCAGUGAUACUUCUUCCUUCAGCGCUGCCGGUAUCUUGGGCAGUGACUCUUGGAUUGAUAAAGCUGCCAUUGCCCCCUUCCAGGGAUGGCCUGACUCUGUGUACGGCAAAGACGCUGCCAGCACUACCACCACUUCAGCUGCGACUACAGUCUCUAGCACUUCAAGUGCUACUGCUGUCGGUGCUACCUUGACCGUUGCUCCCUCUCCCACCGGAAAUGAGUACAAGACUGUGGCCUCUGCCCUCGCUGCCAUUCCCGACGACGGCGAUGACUACACCAUCUUUGUCAAGGCCGGUUCAUACAACGAGCAGCUGACUCUCACUCGCUCUAGCGGUCACGUUACCAUCCGUGGUGAGACCAGCUUUGAGAAUGACUUCACCCAGAACGAGGUCCUCAUCUGGUUCAAGCUGGGCUACUCAACUGGUGCAUCCCGCAACGAAGAGACCCCCGUUCUCUUUUGGAAGACCACUUCAGCUUCUUCUGGUCUCUCGCUUUACAACCUGAACUUCACAAACACCUAUCCACAAACUAGUGACACAGCUGCUCUUGCUGCCGACUUCUUUGGAAACAUGGCGGCGUAUGGAUGUGCUUUCGACGGCUUCCAGGAUACCCUUCUUGUCAACCAGGGUAUUCAGGUCUUCUCUAACAGUUAUAUUUCGGGAUCUGUGGACUUCAUUUGGGGUUACAGCAAGGCUUUCUUCCAUGGGUGUUAUGUUGCGUCCAACACCGCCAACGCCUAUAUCACCGCCAACAACCGCAAGAGCUCUUCUUGGGCCGGCGGCUUCGUGUUCGAUAAAUGCAAGGUCACAUACACUGAUAGUUACGGAUCUAACUUCGGCACCACAUCACUCGGUCGCCCAUGGUCUCAAUAUGCCCUUGUUGUGUACAUGAAUUCCUUCCUCGACAAGCACAUCUCUCCACAAGGUUGGGCCACCUGGUCUUCAAGCAAUCCCCAGACAUCGAACGUGCUUUUCGGAGAAUUCAACAACACUGGACCCGGAAACUGGACCACCUCUCGAGCUAGCUUCGCGACAAAACUCACCGAGUCACAGGCUGCUGCAUACUCCCUCGGGUCGUUCAUUGGUAGUACCAGCUGGCUUGACAUGAAGGCUUACAACCUUGUCCCCAGCUAUGCCGUCGAUGGCUCUGACGCAACUACCGAUCCUGAGACCGACGACACUUGGCCGGUACAUCCUUCUGAUGGUACUACUCCUCCCAAGGGAGCUGUUACUGUGUCCGUCGGAGGAGAAAAGUCAGGCUCCUACUCCACUCUCACUGAUGCUCUCAAGAGUCUCCCCAAGGACUCAACACCUCAGACAAUCUUUAUCUAUGCCGGAACGUAUGAGGAGCAGGUCCCUGCUAUCAACCGACCAGGACCUGUUACCAUCAUCGGAUACACUGAGAGCGACCCAGGAAAGACCUAUGCUAGCAACCAGGUCAUCAUCACCCAAGCCAAGGGUCUCUCGGUUGCUGGUACCAUUCCCGCUGGUCGCAGCAACGCGGAUACAGCUACUAUCGCGACAGCCAGCACCAAGAUUGCCUUUUACAACGUCAAAUUCGUCAAUUCUGAUAACUUGGAUGGUGCGACACCUAGCUAUGUUACUCUUGCUGCCAGUAUCUACGGAAACGACAUCGGUUUCUAUGGCUGCUCUUUCAUCGGCUGGCAGGACACUCUUCUUAACGGCGCGACAAAUGGUUACCAGUACUAUGAGAGCAGUUAUAUAGAAGGAGCCAUUGAUUUUGUGUGGGGAUACAGCAAGGCUUACUUCAAGGGUUGUACACUGGCUGCCAAGCGUGCAAAGUCCGCCAUCACAGCACAGAGCCGUAGCAGUGCGAGUGCAGUUGGAGGUUACAUCUUCGACCAGUGUCUUUUCACUGAAGCUGCUUCAGCUACUGUGGAUCUCCAGGGACAGGUCUAUCUCGGCCGACCUUACAGCGCUUACGCUCUCGUGGUUAUCAAGAACAGUUACUUGGACAGCACCAUUCAACCCGCUGGUUGGAAGAUCUGGUCUACAACCGAUCCUCGCACUGAUCAUAUCACCUUCGCUGAGUACAACAACGAGGGUCCCGGAAGCUGGGAGAAGAACACGGCAGCCCGAGAGGCAUUUGGGUUUGCUACACUUCUUACAUCGGAUACUUACUCUAUUGAGUCCGUGAUGGACAGCACUGACUGGAUUGAUAUGACCUACUGGGACUCCAUUACAACACCUCAGCCCAGCACUGUCACACCCACCCCCGUUCCUACUGCUCCCUACGGCGGAAAGACUCCUCCUGCUGGUGCCUACAUUGUCUCCAAGGACCCUAUCGAUGGAGUCCCGACUUAUGAUACCAUUCAGGCUGCCAUUGAUGCUCUGCCCCUUUCCACCAAGGUCACUCCCACUGUCUUCAUCUAUCCCGGUACAUACAAGGAACAGAUAGUCCUCAGCCGACCUGGAACCACAUUCUUCAUCGGUUACUCUGAGUCUCCUGAAGAUAAUUCCAAGAACCAGGUCACCAUCACGUACGAUAAAGGCAUUGACACUCAGGCUGAAGCCUCCAACUCUGACUCAGCUACCUUCUACGCCACUGGCAAUUACUUCCAGGCUGUCAACAUCAAUUUUGCGAACACAUUCGGCACUACCGCCAACUACGCUAGUCUUGGUUUUGCAGUCAAGAGCAGCAAGUUUGCCUCGCUCUAUGGCUGCCAGGUCUACGGUAAUCAGGAUGCCCUGCUCAUCAACGGUAAUCUUUUCGCAUACAACUCCUUGUUCACAGGAAAUAUCGAUAUGAUUUGGGGAUCUGGCGCUGGAUACUUCCUCAAGUCUACCAUUGCUCCCAACCGAGACGGCAUCGCGUUGACAGCGAACAAGAAGGGUACCAACACUGGACCUUCUUGGGGUUUUGUUUUCGAUCAGUGCACAGUCUCUCCUGCUGGUGGUGCUUCUUACUCUAACAUCUACCUCGGUCGACCUUGGGAUCAAUAUGCCCGCGUUGCCUAUAUCGAGUCUGAGUUGGGUGCUUGCAUCGCUGCCGCAGGUUGGCAAGCCUGGACCAAGGCUGAUCCCCGAACAGCCAAUGUCAUCUUCGGAGAGUUCGACAACUCUGGCCCUGGAUCUUCCACCAGCCAGCGUGCUUCUUUCGCCAAGCAGCUCUCUGGCGAGGAGGUUGCACAGUUCGAGCUCGGCACUUUCUUCACUUCCACGGCCUGGAUCAACAUGACACUUGUGGACGCCACGCCUUUUGAUGCGGGUAUCGCUGCUACUCAGACAUACAGCUCUACAACUGUCUACACUACCCAAACUGUGACAACGUCUCAGACAGCUUUGGUGACCACCACCGGAGCCGAUGUGACCGUGACAGAGAAGUCUACUUCUACUCUCGAUGUUGGAACCACCAUCACACCUGAUCCUACUACCAAGACCAACACUGAGAAGAGCACAACCACUCAGACUCAGCAGAUCACCCAGGGUGACAGCGUGGUCACUGUCAAGUCGACUGAUGUUGUGGAUGUUGGCAAGACUGUCACCCCUGCUGAUGUUACCAAGACUUCAACCAACGUGGUUGCCGCGACUGUCACUUCUUGGAUUACAACUUCUGCCAAGGCUGUUACUACAACUGUGUCUACUACCGCGGUCACAGUUACUCCCAAGUCAGUGACUCAGGAAGAGACCGACUUCACAACAGUCUUUGCUACCAGGACUUCAAGCCCUAAGGCUGUCACUGUCAAGAGCACUACCACUACCACUAUUGGCACUGGCGGUACUACUACCACGUCCCUGAAGGCUACCACUGUUGUGUCUACUGUCGUGACAACUUCUGUCAAGACUGUCUCCAAGACCACAACACUCAAGUGUAUCCCAACCCAGGACAAGCGUGAUCUCGGCGCCACAGCGGUUCUCAAGCCCCGAGCUGCUGUUGUCUUCGGUAACCCAUCUUUCGAUCUUUCUUCUGGUCUGACUCGACGUGAUCUGGACCUUGGCUCCAUCAAUCUUGAGGCUCGUGCUGAGGCUCUACGAACAGUCACAGUCACCGUGGUCUCAACCUACACCACUAACGUCAAGACCUCUACCGCCACUGUCCCUGGUAGCACAACUACAACAGAGUUGAUCACCACUAAGACGGUUGGAAAGACGAGCACCUUGAAGCCUGUUACUGUCGUGGAGGUUUCUACAUCUGUCGCCACGCGUUUCGCCACUGUUACAAUUGCAGGAUCUACUUCUACAACUACACAGGUCACCACCAAGGAGACAGGCAAGACUACUACUCUCAAGGCCGAUACCACUACCGUCGUUGUCGACGCUACGUCUGUCGUGACUGAGAAGAAGACCACUACUCUUCCCGCAAGCACAGUCACAGUCUACAAGACUCUCACUCAGACUCUGGCCGCAGGAACUGUCAAGGUUACUUCGACCAACACCGUCAAGAAGACUUCUACUGUCACCCUGGACCAGCAGACAGUCACAAGCUGGGCCACGGUCAAGACUACCCUGCAGCCUUCCAGCACGGUCACGCAGCGAAGCACCGUGUCCAAGGUUAUCACUUCCGUGGUCAAGUCGACAAAGACCAACUGGGCUACCAAGACGAGCAAGGGCGCUGCCGCUUGCACCAACUAA